UGAACAUUCGUCUAAAAUAAUUCAAAACUCUUGUAGGUGCCUGCCAGGAAAACCGCCAAAACCGUCACCGCCUUCCGACCUUCUGCGCUAACUUUCAGACCACCAUCACCACCUCCACACCACCGCGGCACCGCCCCAGCUCCUCUCCUUCCCCACUCCAGCUCUCCCACCCACCACCACCUCCCUCCUCGCCGGCCGCCGGCGAAUCCCUAGGCCCAGAUACCUCCUGCCGGCCCCGCGCCGCAUUAUCCUCAGAUCCACACCCGCGAGCUCAGCUCAGAUCCACCCAUGCGCCUCCCGGCCCCCCUGUCGCUGCUGUUGCUGCUGCUGCUCGUUGCGGCGGCGGCGUCGGCGGCCGCGGCGACGCUCUCGUCAAAGAUGGUGCACCGUCUGUCUGCCGAGGCGCGGCUGGAGGCGGGCGCGCGCGGGGGGCGUUGGCCGCGGCGCGGGAGCGGGGAGUACUACCGCGCGCUGGUGCGGGGCGACCUCCAGCGCCAGAAACGGCGGGUCGGCGGCAAGUUCCAGCUCCUUUCGCUCUCCAAGGGCGGCGAGACCUUCACCCUCGGCAACGACGGCGGCUGGUUAUAUUACACUUGGGUGGAUGUUGGGACGCCAAGCACCUCCUUUCUUGUUGCAUUGGAUACUGGGAGUGACUUGUUCUGGGUGCCCUGUGAUUGUAUCCGGUGUGCUCCUUUGUCUGGCUACCGUGGAAAUUUGGAUAGAGAUCUCGGAAUUUACAAGCCUGCUGAAUCAAUGACGAGUCGGCAUCUGCCCUGCAGUCAUGAGCUAUGCCUAUUGGGUUCAGGCUGUGCAAACCCAAAGCAGCCUUGCCCAUACAAUAUUGAGUACUUUUCAGAAAAUACCACCAGCUCUGGUUUGCUAAUUGAAGAUACAGUACACUUGGACUCAAAGGAGGGCCAUGUACCAGUUAAUGCUUCGGUUAUUAUAGGUUGUGGUAGAAAGCAAAGUGGUGACUAUUUAGAUGGUAUUGCGCCGGAUGGACUUCUUGGCCUCGGAAUGGCAGAUAUAUCAGUUCCUAGUUUCCUUGCAAGAGCUGGACUAGCUCGGAAUUCCUUUUCCAUGUGCUUGAAAGAAAAUGAUUCUGGGAGAAUUUUCUUUGGCGAUCAAGGAGUGUCUACCCAACAGUCAACACCGUUUGUUCCUUUGUAUGGCAAACUUCAAACUUAUGCUGUUAACGUUGGCAAGUCUUGUGUUGGACAUAAGUGUCUCGAGGGUACUAGCUUCCAGGCUUUAGUUGAUAGCGGAACAUCAUUUACUUCUCUUCCUCCCGAUGUUUACAAGGCUGUCACGAUGGAGUUUGACAAACAAAUGAAUGCUUCGAGAGUACCUUAUGAAGACAGUACUUGGAAAUAUUGCUACAGUGCUAAUCCUCUUGAGAUGCCUGAUGUGCCAACCAUAACUCUGACUUUUGCUGCGAACAAGAGCUUCCAGGCUGUUAAUCCUAUCCUUCGAUUUAAUGACCAACAGGGAGCUCUCGCUGGGUUUUGCUUAGCUGUGCUGCCAUCACCAGAACCUGUUGGAAUUAUUGCACAGAAUUUCUUGGUUGGAUACCACGUAGUUUUCGACAGAGAAAACAUGAAGCUGGGCUGGUACCGAUCUGAAUGCCAUGACGCCGACAACAGCACGACUGUACCCUUGGGGCCAUCGCAGCACAACAGUCCUGAGGACCCGUUGCCGUCGAACGAGCAGCAGACUUCACCCACCGUGACGCCUGCAGUUGCAGGCACGGCUCCUCCCUCCAGUGGAUCGACGAAUCUACAGACGCUCCUUGCUAGCGCCUAUCCAUUGCUGUUACUGACUAUUUCCACUGUGUUCAUCUCAUGAACAACCGAUAGAAUCCUAACCGAUAGCCCUGUAUAUUGUAUGUGCUUCAUAUAUGGUGCUUUUUUGUUGCUCUAGAGAGUAAUAGAUCAGCUGUAUUUUGCUCCUGGUCCAUGUGCAUAGAAUUGCUAGAGUUCCAUAUGCAUCAGUCCAAACCUUUUCUAGUCUCGUCUAGGCCGUGCA